GGCCGAGGUCACGCCUGCUAGCUCAUUAUGCUAACGGUGCUGACAGCAGAGUUUCUAUGGUGACAGCAGCGAACGGAGCUGCGUCCAUCACCCUAACCCGUUUUACGUGGAUAUAUAUUUAACUGUCUAUCAUUGUCUCACACCUUUGCAAUUUGGGCGCUCGGUGCUGUGGGCGGACCGACGGAGCCAGGCUAGCGGAGCUGUCUGGCCGUCCGAUCCAGGCGCGGAGGAGCCUCGAUGUGGACCGUGUCGGACCUCGUCGCCGGACAAGAUGCGCAAGGACGUGAGGAUACUGUUAGUCGGGGAGCCCAAGGUGGGCAAGACGUCUCUCAUCAUGUCACUGGUCAGCGAGGAGUUCCCAGAUGUGGUUCCCUACCGUGCAGAAGAGAUCACUAUACCUGCAGACGUCACUCCGGAGAGAGUUCCCACUCAUAUUGUGGAUUAUUCAGAGGCUGAACAAACGGACGAGCAGUUGUUUCAGGAGAUCUCAAAGGCAAACGUGAUCUGCAUCGUGUACUCUGUCAACAAUAAAAAGUCCAUAGAAAAGGUAACCAGCCACUGGAUCCCCCUGAUUAUCGAAAACACAGACAAGGACAGCAGGGUUCCUCUGAUCCUGGUGGGAAACAAAUCUGACCUGGUGGAGCACAGCAGCAUGGAGACCAUUCUUCCCAUCAUGAACCAGUUCAGUGAGAUCGAGACUUGCGUUGAGUGCUCAGCCAAAAACCUGAAAAACAUCUCAGAACUUUUCUACUAUGCACAAAAGGCCGUUCUGCAUCCGACUGGUCCACUCUACUGUCCAGAGAAAAAAGAUAUGAAGUCUCUCUGUGUAAAAGCGCUGACACGAAUAUUCAAAGUGUCCGACCUCGACAACGACGGUGUUCUCAAUGAUAAUGAGCUCAACUUCUUCCAGCGAACAUGUUUCAACACUCCCCUCGAACAUCAAGCCUUAGAAGAUGUCAAAAAUGUGGUACGCAGGAAUUUAAGUAACGGCGUGUCUGACAACGGCCUCACUUUGAAAGGCUUUCUGUUCCUUCACACACUCUUCAUCCAGCGUGGACGCCAUGAGACCACAUGGACUGUGCUGCGGCGCUUCGGAUACGACGAUGACCUGGAGCUGAACCAGGAUUACCUUUUCCCUCCGUUGAAAGUUCCUCCAGACUGCACCACAGAGCUCAACCACAACGCCUAUCUCUUCCUCCAGAGCGUUUUUGACAAACAUGACAAGGACCGCGACUGUGCCUUGUCGCCUGAGGAGCUGAGCGACCUGUUUGAUGUCUUUCCCUACAUGCCUUGGGGCCCUGAUGUCAACAACACAGUUUGCACAAAUGAGCAGGGCUGGAUCACGUACCAGGGGUAUCUUUCUCAGUGGACGUUAACAACCUACCUGGAUGUGCAGCGGUGUCUGGAGUAUUUUGGUUACCUUGGUUACUCAAUCAUUGCCGAACAGGAGUCUCAAGCGUCGGGAAUCACAGUGACACGAGAUAAGAAGAUUGACCUGCAGAAGAAGCAGACCAAGCGCAGCGUCUUCCGCUGUAAUGUCUUUGGUGACGUGGGCAGCGGCAAGAGUGGCUUCCUGCAGGCCUUCCUGGGUCGAAACAUCAAUCAUCAGAAAACCAUCAAAGAAGAACAUAAGUCUUACUACGCAAUCAGCACAACCUAUGUUUAUGGUCAAGAGAAAUAUCUUCUUCUCCAUGAAGUGUUUCCUGACUUCGACUACCUGUCAGACAGUGAACUGACGAGUGACAUCGUCUGCCUGGUGUAUGACGUCAGUAACCCGUACUCCUUCGACUACUGCGCCAAAGUCUUUAAGCAAUACUUCAUGGACAGCAAGAUUCCAUGCAUGAUGAUCGCGGCCAAGUCGGACCUGCCGGAGGUCAGACAGCUGUACAGCUGCAGUCCGCUGGAGUUCUGCAGGAGGCACAAGAUGCCGCCGCCACAGUCCUUCACCUGUAACACGGCAGCGGCUCCCUGCCGAGACAUCUACACCAAACUCACCACCAUGGCCAUGUACCCCCACGCUCGACUGCGCUGCAUGUGCACUUGUAACCGCUGCUCCUUCUGCUUGUGUCAGAACUUCCUCAACUCUGAGCUGCUGCAGACGGUCAGAGCCAAACUCUACGCCGUCGUACUGCGAAGGCACAUGAGCCACGCUGACCUGAAAAGCUCAACCUUCUGGCUGAGAGCGAGUGUUGGAGCCACAAUGUUUGCCGUGUUGGGCUUCGCUAUGUACAGAGUUCUGCUUAAAUCCCGGUGAUUCCUGGCUCAAAGAAGCUUGGACAAAAGCUGCCAUCCACUGUUUUUAUGUGACCAUUUUACUCCGUUUUCAUUCACCAAUAAUGUGUUUAUUGGAAUGACAAGAAAAAAUAUUUAUUUUGUACCCAAAAUAUUCUUUAUCUUUUGAAGGUGUUUAAAGAGUUAAUAUAUUUCUAAAGAGCAUAUGUGGUGAGGGAGUGGCGUGUGAGGAGAGGCAAUAGAAUUCGCUAUAUCACUCAUGUAGAGGGAAGCGGUUGAACCAAAACUUGUGGGAUUGUCGCCGUAAUUUCCGUGUUUGUUAUCGAAUAUCAGUUUAGCAUCGCUGUCAUGAAUAAGCUGAAGCUUUUACGUUCCACACUCCUUUAGAAGUGCAAAGCAUAUCAUGUGACAAGAUUCUGUCUGUGUUCAAAAACGUUUGCCUUCGCUGAAGUUUACAAUAAAUCCAACA